AUGUCUGACAAGGAACGGCAAUCUGGUGAGGAGAAGAGGGUGGAGGAGCCCGUUUUGCCUGUCGUCAACCCAGAGUUGGAGCACAAGCCGGAGCCACCGAAACCUACAGGCUUACACCCGGCCUUCUACAUUGCGACAUGGAUUUCGUUCUCCUCAAGUGUCAUCAUCUUCAACAAGUGGAUUCUUGACACCGCCGGCUUCCGCUACCCAAUCAUUCUCACAACAUGGCAUUUGCUUUUUGCGACAAUCAUGACCCAAAUUCUGGCCCGCUUCACCCACGUUCUCGACUCCCGUAAGAAGGUGCCGAUGACUGGCCGUGUCUAUCUCCGCGCGAUUGUCCCCAUCGGUCUCAUGUUCUCGCUAUCACUCAUUUGCGGCAACUUGACAUACCUCUACUUGUCCGUGUCAUUUAUUCAGAUGCUUAAGGCAACCAUGCCAGUCGCAGUGCUCCUCAUUUCUUGGACAUUGGGAACCGCUGCGCCUAACCUCAGGAAGCUCGGCAAUGUCAGCUUGAUUGUUGUUGGCGUCAUGAUCGCGUCCUAUGGCGAAAUCAAAUUUGUCGUGACCGGCGUGCUCUUCCAGUUUGGUGGCAUUGUCUUCGAGGCGACUCGUCUCGUCCUCAUGGAAAAGCUUCUCAACAGCCCAGAGUUCAAGAUGGACCCGCUUGUCUCACUCUACUACUUCGCGCCUAUCUGUGCUGUCAUGAACUUGGCUGUGGCCUUGGUCCUUGAAGUCCCCCGCCUGAGUCUGGCCGACAUUCAGAACGUCGGAUACUUCGUGCUUCUGGCAAACGCCAUGGUCGCUUUUGGCCUCAACGUCUCUGUUGUUUUCCUGAUUGGCAAAACCUCCUCUCUUGUCAUGACCCUCUCCGGUGUUCUCAAGGACAUCCUGCUGGUCUGUGCAUCCAUGCUCAUCUUCGGUGACCCGGUCUCAGGCAUUCAAGCUGUCGGUUACAGCGUUGCCCUCGCAGGUCUUGUCUACUACAAGCUUGGUGGCGAGAAGUUGCGUGAGUACGGUGCGGCCGGCGUUCGCGCCUGGGGCGAAUUUGGUGCCACCCGACCGGCGUCCCGACGCCUCGUGGUUAUCGGUGCGACUUUCCUCUUCAUCAUCCUCGUUCUGGGAAGCGCAAGCAGCUUUGGUGUGGUCCCUGAACAGUAUGACCCUGUCAAGACAGCUGGCAAGCACCUCGGCAUCUCUGGUGCUCAAUAG